AUGAGCACUCGUUGGGCGGCAGUCAAGCAUAAGCUUGAAUGUCCUAAAGAUGAAGAUGCCAAUUAUGAAAAUACGACUUGGUGUAACCGCGACUUGAUCCCAAUCCCUCCAGAUCGUCGAACCUUUCACAUAUGGUCUUAUCUCGGCUACUGGACUGUCUCUGGAUCCAAUCUCUCUGCGUGGUCUUUGGGCAGUACUCUGCUCGCGUUUGGACUUAGCGCCGCAGAAGCAAUUGGCGUACUUAUAUUAGGAGGAUUUCUCACUGGCUGUCUUGCGGUUGUAGCCGGGUGGCCUGGGGCAAAACACAACAUCGGCUUCACUGUUUCCAGUAGAUUCUCCUGGGGCAUGAGGGGAUCGUACUUUCCCGUGAUUAUUCGUUGCUUUACAGGCUGUAUCUGGUUCGGCAUUCAGGCAUUCUGGGGAGCUCAGGCAACUAGGGUUACCCUUGGAGCUAUCAUUCCUGGCCUCGCCCAUAUGCGAAACACCUUUAGCGAAAGUUCUCACCUUGCGACGAACGAUUUUAUUGGGCUCGUCAUCUGGAUGUGUGCCUUCAUCCCCGCUAUCCUCAUCAAGCCGGAGAAACUACAGAUCCCGUUUGUUGUUUGUUUCUUCCUUUUCUGUGGCUCUUGUUUUGGUAUAUUAAUCUGGAGCGUCUCAACUGCCAAUGGAGUUGGUGAGCUCUUUCACCAGAAAAAAGAGGCCUCAAACAUGGGCUGGGCUUUCAUGUUCGGUAUCACCUCAGUACUGGGCGCUUGGGGCUCUGGGACUCUCGGCCAAUCUGAUUGGACUCGAUAUGCAAAGACUAAACAUUCACCAACUCUGUCUCAGCUGAUUGCAACUCCACUAACAAUUACAGUAACUGCCGUCAUUGGUAUCAUUGCCACAAGUGCAUCAAAUCGCGUAUUGGGUGGAGAAAUUCUAUGGAAUCCUAUCUAUUUACUGGCAGCAGUGCAGGAACAUUACCACUCUAGUCCAGGGGUACGAGCGGCGGUCUUCUUUGCAGGCAUUGGGAUUGUGGCUUCACAACUUUCCAUUUCCAUUGUAUUAAAUUCCAUGUCCACUGGUAUGGAUCUGGCCGGAUUGUGGCCAAAGUACAUCAACAUCCGACGCGGCUCGUACAUCAUGAUGGUUGUGGGCAUAGCCACACAGCCAUGGCAGCUUCUUGCAACGGCGAGCAAGUUCCUUACAGUUCUUAGUGGCUUUGGCGUAUUCAUGGGCCCGUUGACUGGCAUCCUGUUGGCUGAUUAUCACAUCCAUUGGCGACGCAAACUACAGCUGAGCGAUCUCUACGUUGGAAAUAAGCAUUCAGCAUAUUGGUAUCAGCACGGGUUCAAUUGGCGACCCUUUAUUGUUUUUACCCUGUGCAUGUGGCCAGGGCUACCUGGCCUUGUGGCGACCGCUAAUGGAUACACGGGCGAGAAAUACGAGAAUUGGAUACAUAUUUACAACAUUUCCUUUCUUCUGGGCCUCACAACCUCGUUUGUAUUAUUCACAGUUGUAAACUAUAUCUGCCCUGUUGGGGUCCCGGCCAAAGAAACCCUUUUUCUGUCUGGAGAGGCACUUGAUGAGGAGCUACCUCACAUGGACGGUAAAAAAGAUCAGAUGAAAGUUGACGGUGACGAUAAAUCCGAAGACGAUUAA